AGAUUAACAAGCGAAAUGUCUCGAUUCGGGCUGACAUCGACUGUGUGCAUGUGUGUUAUACUUGCAUGUACGAUUUUUACUGUUAGUAGUGUCAGUCAUACGAAAGUAACACUAAUCAACAACGAGUACCACGAUAUUGUGAUUGCGAUUGAAGAUAACGUUCCCGAAGACAAGGCGUUACUGGACAAGAUUCAAGAAGUUUUCACCGACGCCUCAGCAUUUCUCUGUGAGAUAACGAGAUAUCGUGCAUAUUUCAAGAGUAUAACCAUUCUUGUCCCGAAGUCUUGGACCGAUGACCCCCAGUAUGAAACACAUAACUACGAGACAUAUGAAACUAGUGAUAUUAGGAUUGACGACACCGAUCACGAUGGACCGUACGUAAUGAAACCGACACCUUGUGGAGAAGUGGGUGAUUACAUGCAUCUCACAGCAGAUUAUCUCAUGGAUUCAACCAUUGCUGACAGCUAUGGUAUUUACUCACACGUAAUAGUACACGAAUGGGGUCAUUUAAGAUAUGGUGUAUAUGAUGAAUACCCUGGUGGCAAUACUGGUGCUCCCUAUUUCUAUUCAUCUGGUAGUGGUGACAUAGAAGCCACUAGAUGUUCUACUGCAGUCACAGGCGUAAUGAAAAAUAAAGUUACCGGAGCAGACUGUGUGUACAUUAAUAAUUAUCCAGAAGAUGAUUGCCGUUUUUACGAUUCAGGUUCAUUUACCGGCUCGCUUAUGUACCGCCAGUAUCUAUCACAACUUAUCCAUUUUUGUGACAACGAAACCUUUGCCGACACACUAGAAAGCAUUCACAAUGUUGAGUCCCCUAGUAAACAAAAUAGACUGUGUGAGGAGAAGAGCGUUUGGGAGAUAAUGCGAGAACACGUAGACUUUGCUGACGGCGCUAACCCACCGGGAGCUGGAUGUGAUGCGACCUUGACUCUUCCCGAAUUCCGUAUUGUAAAACAACAAGGCAGCCGAAUCGCAUUGGUGUUGGACGUCUCGGGAAGACUGGUAAAAGGAAUUGAAGUUGUGCAAGACGGUGACAGCAGCAGACUUGGCGGUUGUUUGGUGGUUGUGAGUGACGGCGAGGAAAAUACAUCUCCAUAUAUUUACGAAGUCAUACCUACUCUCAUUGCAAAAGGUAUAUGUGUUGAUGUAAUUGCAUUUAGUGAACAAGCAUCCCUUAACCUGGAGCUGUUACCAACAUCCACAGGAGGAAGGGCUUUCUUUUAUUCUGAGAGUGCCACGUCUAACGCUUUAAAUGAAGCGUUUGCCACCAUUGCCACGAGGGGGAAGAGUGCGUUGGAGCAAGCCGUGCCGCUGUACAGUAAUACUAUUGUCAUCAAUGGUUAUGAUACUUCUGGUUUCUCAUUCGACAUCGAUGCAUCAAUUGGCAUGGAUACCGAGUUCCUGUUUAAUUACCUUCAAUAUACCGCUAUUGAGGUUACUGUACACACUCCCAAUGGGAGCACCAUCGAUAAAGAUUCUUCAUUUUAUAAUUUAGACAGUACUUUCAAACUUAUACGGAUAAAAAUUCCAGGAAUUGCCGAGGUGGGUACGUGGACUGUUUCAAUAUCAAAUCCAUCCUCGUCCACGGAAUACGUAGGUGUAAUAGUCCAAUCAAAGAGCAGCACACCAGGUGAAUAUCCUAUUACAGUGACGUCAGAAUGGAGUGCCAAUACCAUCACGCCACCAGAGAAACUGAGACUGUAUGCAACUGUAUCUAAAGGUAUCAUGCCAGUUUUGAAUGCUCAUGUCGUAGCUACUGUAGAACGACCAAGCGGUGAUUCGGUUCAAUUGAUUAUGACUGACAACGGUGGCGGCGCCGAUAUCACGAAAGAUGACGGUGUCUACUCAUCGUAUUUCACUGCUUUUGCCGGGAGUGAUAGAUACAGUGUCAAGGUCGAAGUAACGAAUACAGGAGGCGAUACUGUAAUCAGUCCCAGUAGAGUGGUAGGUUUUGGUUCCUUAACAAAUCCUGACCUGCCGAGUACUGGACAACAACCUGAAGAUGAAUCGACAGGAAAAUUUCAGAGAGCUGCCAAUGGGGGCAGUGUUACAUGCGAUGGAAGUACAGCAUGCAGUGGAUAUUAUGAUCUGUACCCUCCUGCAAAAAUCGUUGAUCUACAAGUGACUAAGGUAUCCUACGAGGAUAGAGGCAUAACGCUUCAAUUUACCGCACCGGGCGAUGAUCUGGAUUUUGGAAAUGCGACAGCUUACGAGAUUUGGAUGCAUACUGAUUUUAGUACGAUGUCUUCUAAUCACGAAGACACAACGAAUACUACACAGGACCAUUUCGUGGAGGGCGUAUUGUCGUCACCGCAAUCACCAGGAGAAACAGAAACUUUUACCAUUGUUGUACCCAAUCAAGGUGAAAUUACUUACGUGUUUUGUGUGGUUGCUAUUGACGACGGCGGUAACAAAUCGCCCAGAUCCAACAUCGUCUCCGCUUCUAUGAAAUACUUUCCACAAACUAACUAUCUCGUGGUGGUUCUCAUAAUAUCUGCGAUUGUCAUUGUCUUGAUUGCGAUCUUUAUCACUACGUUGAUUUGUAUGAAGAAGAAAUACCGUGUAAAGCAAGGCACGGUACCAGUGGCCUGAGUUAUGGACAGAAUUGACUCUACUUCGCAGCUAGUUGUAUAUCAACAUCGAUAACUAACAUAGCAAGUCACAGUUUGUAACCGUGUGUAUAGGUCCUCCGAAAAUAUAACUGGAGGCUCAAACAAAAUAUAAACAAAUAUCUCAAGAUAUAAACACAAUACUAAUGAAAUCUUACAACAUUGUUCAAAUGAGCUACUUCACAGUAGGAC